AUGGAUGAGUCUAAUAUACAAAUGAAAUCACCGCACGUGGAAAAUAGCUGCUCAUUGAUAACCAAAUUGAAUAAUUCUGUUUGUACUAAUACCAGUUCUUAUGAAGAAACUUCCCCUGAAAACUGCUCAGUAGAUCAUGAAGCAGAUUUGAAGCACUCCAGAGAGAACUUAUUGGUUUCUUAUAUUUUAAUUGCUUACUUCAUUCAUCGAGACAGUUUGAUGCACGAAGAAGAACAACUUCAUGAUGAGGAAAAGACAGGCAGUGACACCUUGCAACAGGCUGGAGAAGUGCCAGAGUGCUCAAAGACCAUGGUGGUUCUAAUCAUUCUGCAAAAGUAUUGCCAGCCAAUGGUUGUACAGGUGAAAGGGGAACUGAUUUUUCGUACUGCUGAAGGCUUGCUUUCCAGUGAGCAAGGUGUCUACAUUGCAGAGUCUGUAGCUGCUAAGAACAUAAAAGAAGCAGAGAGACGGUUUCGGAUGCCAUGGACCAUGGAGGUUCUAAUCAUUCUGCAAAAGCAGAGCCAACCAACGGUUGUACAGGUGAAAGGGAAACUGGGAAGUCCGCAAAGAAACCUGGUGAGUUAUUGUUGCAUCUGUUUUUCCACUGGAAAUUUCUUCCAUGCCUUAGAGCAUCCACAAUGA